AUGUUUUCUGAUUCUUCUGGUUCUUUUUGUAGAAGUCAGGAAUUACCAUAUAAUUAUGGGCACACUGACUUCUCGAAUUCUUCAGUCGAGAAUGUACACACACGUUACAAGAUUCUAUUGUACAAAAAGGGAUUGAACCAUGUGAAAGAUAGAAGUUCGCUCAAUUGGAUUAAAAUACUUGAUUUGAGCGGAGACGUUGAUCAAUUGUCGGAAGAACAAAAAUCAGAAGAUGCGACCUCUGUAAAUAACGAUUCGGGUGUAAAGGGCAACGGGUCGAAUCAUAAGAGUAAUGGAAAGGAAAAUGAUUCAUUGGAUUCAAAGUGCAUUCAAAACUGUUUUAAGAAGAAGGAUGGGACGGUGGCAGAUAACGUAGCUGAAAACGGAGAAGAAAACGCUAGAAUUUGGGGGAAGUUGUUAGGGAAUAUAAAAGGGUCUUGGCCAAAUAAGCCGGAAAAGGAGGAGUUAUAUCUGACGGUGGGACCCUACGUCCUAAAGGGUAAUCAAGCGAAUUUUAGAGAAGGGGAGUAUUAUGUAAUUCUGAGAAAGGUGCCUGACCACUGUUCCUGCGUCUGCACAGACGCAAGCCUCCCAGGCGAAACGCACACCAGCCACUCGGCCUACUACGAAAUAUGCGGGAUCGUAAACGAAAAGAUAGAUUUCAAGCACCGCCCGAACUUCUACAGCAGCACAGACGAGUCGCAUCUAGAGGAGUACUACCUGUACCUGUCAGAUUGUAAGAACAGCAACUGGUUCAUGCUCAAAGUGGACGACGAAAUAUUGGAUAAAAUACUGCAGGAAGAGGCGUACUUUAAGAUCGUGAAGACCGGAGAAAACGAUGAAAGCAAGAAGGCAGUGCUGUGCAUACUCAACAGUACGUACUACAUAGAAAGAAUUGAGCUCGCAGGGACGCUGAUGCUGAUCUUCUCGCCACAUGACCUCGGAGGAGGGGCAGACGAGGAAAACCUGCUGGUGAUAGCAGGGUCAUCAAAGUACGCGUACGGCCUGGUGAAGUCGAAUCCAAUAUUCGAGAGCCUGCCGAAGCUAAAGAGCAUUGAGACUGCAUCGCUGUUGAAGCAAACGCCGAUUUCAGACCUGGAAAUCGUGGACUUCAUCCUGGGAAAGUACGAGGAGUACCCGUGCUACUACCUGUACCAGACGGAUGGAACGAUAAGGUACGUGGGCCAGUACCUCUUCGGAGAGUUCGCGGUGAGGGUGAUACAGGUGAUACCGAUGUAUUUUUCAAACAACCCGGGGGAGAAGAAGAGGAUAUCGGAGUUGACGGUCGGGGACGUGUGGAAGAUGAUGAACCUGUACAGCGACGUCUUCGAGUUCGUGCCGACCGACGUGUUCAACGUGGCGACCGUGUUCCAAAUGCUGCUCCAAGUCUCAGACCUGACUGAGACGUUUGCAACGAUGGAGGGGUACCUGGGCAUGAUGAUGAGCGACGCUGUCUACAGCUGCAACGUCAAGCUGAACCUGUUCAAGAUUCAGAAGCUGGUGAGCUGGUGCCUGGUCUCCUCCAACUACCACAAGGACAUGGACUACCAAAGCUACGUGUACCACAUCGACGACAUCCUGUUCAACAGGGCAGUGCCCUCGUACGUGUUCGAGGAGCUUCUGGAGUACGUGGUUAACAUGGAGCCGGAACACGCGAACCAGCGGCUGUUGGACUACAGGAGCUGCAUACAGUUCUACUACAAGAACCUCACGUUCUCAGAAGUGGCGGCUCUGCUGAGUGAGUCGGGCAGCAGGGACGGCUACGAAGUUAAAGCAGCUACCAUUUUCGACAGGACGGGACCGAGCCUGUUUGCGAUGGAGGAGUUGAACUUCAGCGGCGGAGGGCCGCUUAGCAAACUCCCGUGCCUGAACUACAACGUUUACAGAACUAACACGAAGGGUCUGACGAACCUGAGGUUCGGAAACUCGAUGAACUCGCUUCUGGGGAUUUGCAGGUGCCCGCUGGCGCUGCACAUAGCCCAUCUCUCUGAAAAAAUGGUAAGCGUCACGGAGGGAGGCCGGUGUGUGCUCAAGAUAUAUCCAAAGGUAAAGCACGAAAGCCUGAGAGAAACGCUCUCGGAGAUGUUUAAGCUUAAGAACUCGUGGCACUUGGAGGUGCUGGAGAAUAAGCUGAGACCUUUUUUCAGGGAGAAACCGGCAAUUGACAUCCUCACGGGUGCUCCGGACUACCAUGGGAGGCUUUUGAUCACGAAAGAGGUUAACAGCAAAAAUUAUAGGAACAGAAACGAAAUCGCUGAGUUUAAGCACGAAACUGUCGAUGAGUGGAGGAGAACAAAAGUGGAGUUGAAACCAAUCAAGGAGGAGUCGUACAUGAUAAUAAACUGGAAUGUUCCAGUGUAA